AUGGAACUACACGGCUUCGCGGACGCUUCGCAACGCGCGUAUUCCGCAGUCGUCUAUUUACGCGUUCUAAAAUCGCCAACCGACACUUCAGUAUCGUUAAUCGCGGCAAAAUCUAGAGUCGCGCCGUUAAAAACCGUUGCUAUUCCAAGACUAGAAUUGAACGGAAUAGUAUUGCUCGUUCGGCUUCUCGAGUACGUACGGGAAGCUCUCAAAAUCGAAAAAAUUCCGGUGCACGGCUGGACCGAUUCCACCGUCGCCCUUUCCUGGCUCACGCAGCAUCCGUCGCGUUGGAAGCCGUAUGUCGCGAAUCGGGUCUCAGAGAUCCAAACGAAAAUGCCAGAAGUAAAAUGGCAUCACGUCUCAUCGGGCGAAAACCCCGCAGACUGCGCUUCUCGGGGCAUUCCCGUUUCCGAAUUAAUCAAUCACCCACUCUGGUGGUCAGGCCCUUCGUGGCUUCGUCAAAAUUCGGCCUAUUGGCCAAGCGCUCGACCCUGUGCUUCCGGACGCGCAGUCGAUAAAAAGUUCGCGCUCAGCGAGCAGCGCGCGUCCGCGACGAUACAUGUCGCUCACGAAAGAGAAGAAUGGGACCUUUCAUCAAAAUUCUCAAGCUGGAGCAAACUUCUCCGCGUCACCGGCUUAUUAUUUUUCUGGCUCAACAAAUUUCGAGCCCAAAAAUGCGAUCCGAAUCGCGUACCCCCAGCGAAUUUCACCGACAGUGUCCAAGCCGCGCGCGAUUUUUGGAUACGAAAAAUUCAAAACGAACAUUUCGCCGCGGAAAUUCGCGCCCUACAGGAAAAAGAGCCACUGCCUCGCGCGACCGAUCUUAAAGCUCUCAACCCUUUCCUCGACGGAAAGGGCCAGUUGCGUCUUGGUGGGCGGUUGCGCCACUCGUUCUUAUCGUAUGACGAGCGCUAUCCGCUGAUUUUACCGCGUCAUCAUGUCAGCGAAUUAAUUAUCGACCAAACGCACUCGCGAUCAUUACACAGCGGUCCACAGCUGACCCUUCGUCUCUUACGACAAAAUUAUUGGAUUCUCGGCGCGAGAUCCCUCGUCAAAUCUCGAAUAAACCGAUGUUUAAACUGUGCUCGCGAACGCGCAGUCUCUGCCAGUCAACUCAUGGGCGACCUUCCGUCCCCACGUGUCAACCCCUCGCCGCCAUUCUCUCAUUGCGGCGUGGACUACGCUGGCCCAUUUCACAUUACUCCGUUUGUCGGACGCGGACAAAAAUCGCGCAAGUACUACGUUGCACUGUUCGUAUGUCUCGCAACACGCGCAGUUCAUCUCGAAUACGUCGACGAUUACGCGACUUCCGGCUUUAUUGCCGCUUUUCAACGCUUCGUAAGCCGGCGCAGUCUUCCCUCCGACAUGUACAGCGAUAACGGUACGAACUUUCAAGGAGCCGACAAUGAACUACAUCGCGCUUUCCUUUCUACACUUAAAAAUCCCGAUUUACAUGCAAAAUUCGAAACGGACGGGAUCCGCUGGCAUUUCAGCCCCGCUUCCGCGCCUCAUUUCGGCGGCCUCUGGGAAGCUGGCGUCAAAAGCUUCAAACAUCAUUUGAAAAGAGUUGUCGGCGCUCACACGCUUUCUCAACUUGAAUUUUCCACGUUAUUAUGCGGAAUCGAAGCGUGUUUAAAUUCACGCCCCCUCGCGCCUUUGAGCGACGAUCCGGACAAUUUCGACGCGCUCACUCCGGGUCAUUUUCUAAUCGGUAGACCCUUACUUAGCGUACCCGAGCCAUCGCUGCUCGAACUCAAUGAAAAUCGUUUGUCUCGCUGGCAAAAGGUCCUCGCCAUGCGCGAACACAUUUGGAAGGCCUGGAGCCACGAUUAUUUACAUACGCUACAGCAACGCGCAAAAUGGCAAAAAGCAUCGCGAUCUGUGCAAGUCGAUGCACUUGUCCUAUUGAAAAACGAGCAGCUCCCCCCGUGCCGCUGGGAGUUAGCCAGGGUUGUCGCUACCCAUCCGGGCCCCGACGGUCUCGUGCGCGUCGUCACAUUGCGAACCGCGAAGACCCAGCUCAAGCGCCCUAUCGCUAAAGUCUGUCCCCUUCUGCACGCGAGCGAUUCCGCGUAA